AUGACGUCUCUUCAGAUACCACCCAAUGUAGCGGCUGCGAAUAUGAGCCUGCCCGCGAACUUAACGCCACAGCACAUACAAGAGGUCCUUCAGAAAUUCAAGCAGAUGCAAGAACAAGGCGUCCGUCACGAUGACCCAGAAUACCUCAAGGCCCACAAUCUUCUCGCUGCCGUUCAGCGACAACAAGCCUUUCAAAAGCAACGACAGUUGGCCCAGCAGCAGCAGCUUCAGGCGCAACGCCAGCAACAACAAAAUGGCUCUUCAACGCAGGAGUCGGCUCAAACGAACGGAGUUAAUAGCCGGUCCAACUCGAACGCUACCCCCAACAGUACUAUCCAAGACGCGACCGCCACACUAGGACAGAAGGGCGCUCCAGCUGCUAGUGGCAGUUUUUCUGCAGAUCAACUGCAGACACUUAGAAAUCAAAUAAUGGCUUUUAAGAUGCUGUCGAAAAACCUUCAGAUACCUCCGCGCGUUCAGCAACAGCUUUUCUUGUCCAAGAAAAUUUCUACCCCUGCGCCCUCAGAUAGCGUAGCUACGGCUGAGAAUGCUUUGGACAACGCCGCGCAACCGAAGCCAGAACAAACUGCGCCCACCCCUGAUUUGCUCAACGCGAAGGAGUUCUACGAGGAUUUCCUGUCGCCAUACGAUUUGAUCCCCAAGACAGUCAGCUUCACAGACCAUGCUUCUCGCGCUCAUCGUAUGCGCAUACCAGCCCUGAUGCCACCGGGUGUCGACCUGGAGCAGGUUCGCGAGGAACGAGAGAUUGCACUUUACAACCGGAUCAAUGCACGGAAAGCAGAACUCGCCGAGCUCCCUGCCAACAUUGGCGCGUGGAAUUCAAGCCAAAGCGAUACCGCGACUCCCGACGAUGCUCUAAAGCUGAAGGCUCUGAUCGAAUAUAAAAUGCUCAACCUUCUACCAAAACAGAGGCUCUUUCGGAAGCAAAUUCAGAAUGAGAUGUUCCAUUUCGAUAACCUCGGCAUGACAGCGAAUCGUGCUAGCCACCGACGUAUGAAGAAGCAGUCUCUGCGGGAAGCUCGGAUUACGGAGAAGCUUGAGAAGCAGCAGCGCGACGCCCGUGAGACGAGGGAGAAGAGGAAGCAAUAUGAUCAGCUUCAAGCGAUCCUCAAUCACGGAGUGGAACUUCAGAAUGCUGCCAACCAGCAAAGACAGCGCAUGCAGAAGCUCGGCCGUAUGGCGCUUCAGCACCACCAGCACAUGGAACGUGAGGAGCAGAGGCGCGUUGAACGGACUGCUAAGCAACGUCUCCAAGCCCUUAAGGCCAACGAUGAAGAAACUUACUUGAAACUCUUGGGACAAGCCAAGGAUUCGCGUAUCUCUCAUCUCCUCAACCAGACUGACGGUUUCCUCAAGCAGCUUGCCGCGUCCGUCAGAGAACAACAGCGCAACCUGGCUGAACGUUACGGCGAAGACCACGAGAUUGAGGACGAUGAAGAUGAGGAUAUCGCGUCGGGUAGCGAUGAUGAAGACGAAGGCCGCCGAAAGAUUGACUACUAUGCCGUCGCUCAUCGCAUCAGAGAAGAAAUCACUGAACAGCCCAGCAUUCUUGUUGGUGGUACCCUGAAGGAAUACCAGAUGAGAGGUUUGCAAUGGAUGAUUUCUCUCUACAACAACAACCUCAACGGAAUUUUGGCCGACGAAAUGGGUCUCGGUAAAACGAUUCAGACCAUCAGUUUGAUCACACAUAUUAUCGAGAAGAAGAGGAAUAAUGGACCCUUCCUUGUCAUCGUUCCCCUUAGUACUUUGACGAACUGGAAUCUCGAGUUUGAGAAAUGGGCACCGUCAGUCUCGAGGAUUGUUUAUAAGGGACCACCGAACGCUCGUAAGCAACAGCAACAAAACAUCCGGUGGGGAAACUUCCAGGUUCUAUUGACCACCUAUGAAUAUAUCAUCAAGGAUCGACCUAUUCUGAGCAAGAUCAAGUGGACGCAUAUGAUUGUUGAUGAGGGUCACCGCAUGAAAAAUUCCCAGUCCAAGUUGAGCAGCACCCUCUCGCAGUACUAUACCAGCCGCUACCGAUUAAUCUUGACGGGUACCCCAUUGCAAAAUAACCUCCCUGAACUGUGGGCUUUGUUGAACUUUGUUUUGCCAAAUAUCUUCAAAUCAGUGAAAUCUUUCGACGAAUGGUUCAACACACCGUUUGCUAAUACCGGUGGUCAAGAUCGCAUGGACUUGAGUGAAGAAGAACAACUGCUCGUUAUUCGUCGCCUGCAUAAGGUUCUCCGGCCAUUCUUGCUCCGGCGUCUGAAGAAGGACGUCGAGAAGGACUUGCCGGACAAGCAAGAAAGGGUUAUCAAAUGUCGCUUCUCUGCUUUGCAAGCAAAGUUAAACAAGCAGUUGGCUACACACAACAAAAUGGUUGUCAGCGAUGGAAAGGGUGGCAAAGUUGGCAUGCGUGGUCUUAGUAACAUGCUGAUGCAGCUGAGGAAGCUCUGCAAUCACCCUUUUGUGUUCGAGCAAGUGGAAGAUCAAUUGAACCCUGGACGAGGCACAAAUGAUUUGAUCUGGCGUACCGCUGGAAAGUUUGAGCUGUUGGACCGGAUUCUUCCAAAAUUCAAGGCGACUGGACAUCGUGUUUUGAUGUUCUUCCAAAUGACUCAGAUCAUGAACAUUAUGGAGGAUUUCCUUCGUCUCCGUUCGAUGAAGUACCUGCGUCUUGAUGGUUCAACAAAAUCUGAUGAUCGCUCAGACCUAUUGAAGCUUUUCAAUGCUCCAGGCUCGGAAUAUUUCUGUUUCUUGCUAUCGACGCGAGCUGGUGGUCUUGGUCUGAACUUGCAGACAGCCGACACUGUUAUCAUCUUCGAUUCAGACUGGAAUCCUCACCAGGAUCUUCAGGCUCAAGAUCGUGCCCACCGUAUUGGCCAGAAGAAUGAGGUCCGAAUCCUGAGACUCAUCACCUCCAACUCAGUUGAAGAAAAGAUUCUUGAGCGCGCCCAGUUCAAGCUUGACAUGGAUGGAAAGGUCAUCCAGGCAGGAAAGUUCGAUAACAAGUCUACCAAUGAGGAAAGAGAUGCACUCUUACGUACUUUGCUUGAAACCGCCGAGGGAACAGAGCAAGUCGGAGACCAAGAUGAGAUGGACGAUGAUGACUUGAACGACAUAAUGGCUCGAUCGGAAGACGAACUGGCGGUCUUCCAACGUAUGGACAAGGAAAGACAGAAGACCAGUCAGUACGGUCCUGGUCACAAGCUGCCGCGUCUACUGAGUGAGGGUGAACUUCCUGAUAUUUACAUGACUGAGGAGAACCCGGUAGCGGAAGAAGCCGUUGAAAUUGAGAUGUCUGGUCGCGGUGCCCGUGAGCGCAAGAUUACCCGCUACGACGACGGCCUUACGGAAGAGCAGUGGCUCAUGGCGGUUGAUGCCGAUGACGAUACUAUUGAAGAGGCUAUUGCCCGGAAAGAAGCAAGGGUCGAGAGACGUCGUACCAACAAGGACAAACGUGGCCGUAAGUCGGCAGGCGCCGAGUCAUCCCCCGAGCCAUCUCGCGAGAGCUCUGAAACACCGCAACCCAAGAAGCGCGGCCGCAGAGGCCCUGCUCCAAAGCGUAAAGCGGAGGAGCUAGUGGAGGAGACUCCUCAGCCUAAGCGUAAGAGGGGCAGGCAAGCUAAGCCCGUUGAGACACUGAGUUCCGACGAUCGAUCUGCUGUCCAGCAGAUCCUGAACAAUGUCUACCAGGCCUUGAUGGACAUGGAGCAAGAGCUUCCCGCCGAUUCCUCUGAUAGCGAGGAUGGCCCUGUUACACGUGCCAUUAUCGAGCCAUUUAUGAAGCCGCCACCCAAGUCGCAAUACCCUGAUUAUUAUAUGAUCAUUCAAACCCCCAUUGCUAUGGAUAUGAUCAAGAAGAAGAUCAACCGUGAAGAGUAUCAGAACCUGAGAGAUUUCCGGAGUGAUAUACAUCUCCUCUGCCAGAACGCUCGUACAUAUAAUGAAGAUGGCAGUAUCCUAUUCCAAGAUGCGAAUGACAUUGAAACACGAUGCUUGGCCGAACUGACCAAAGAAACUGAAAAUUAUCCACAGUUCGCCAAUUUUGACGACUCUUCGGCAUCUGCCAAUGACUACUCAGUGUCUGCCAUUGCUGGGCCUGAAACACCCAGCGCCUCCACACCAGGACAACCAAAGUUGAAACUGACGUUCAAUGCUGGAGGCGCCGUGCCCGGCAUGAACGAUGAGCAUUGA